AUGUCUUACGUUUUAACUGAAACCUCUGCUGGGUACGCCCUGCUAAAGGCUUCCGACAAGAAGCUGUACAAAUCCGCGACUCUGAUCCAAGAUCUGGACUCUUCUGAAAAAGUCUUGAAGGAGUUCAAGAUCGCUGCGUUCUCGAAGUUUAACUCUGCUGCUAAUGCGCUAGAGGAGGCCAAUUCCGUCAUCGAGGGGAAAGUUUCCCCCCAACUGCAAAAGCUUCUUGAUGACAUCAAGAAGGAUAAGAAGGCGACUCUAGUGGUCAGCGAGACUAAACUUGCCAACUCCAUCAAUAAAUUGGGGUUGAACUUCAACGUUGUCUCUGAUGCUGUUACUUUGGACAUUUACAGAGCUGUCAAGGAACAUUUGCCAGAAUUAUUGCCCGGUUUGUCUGACAAUGACUUGAGUAAGAUGUCUCUUGGUCUGGCCCACUCCAUUGGCCGUCACAAGUUGAAAUUCUCCGCUGAUAAAGUGGAUGUCAUGAUUAUCCAGGCCAUUGCCCUGCUAGAUGACUUGGACAAAGAAUUGAACACUUACGCCAUGAGAUGUAAGGAAUGGUACGGGUGGCAUUUCCCUGAAUUGGCCAAGAUCGUUACCGAUUCGGUCGCCUACGCGAGAAUCAUCUUGACCAUGGGUGUCAGAUCCAAGGCGCACGAGAUCGACAUGAGUGAGAUCCUACCAGAAGAGAUUGAGGAGCGUGUCAAGGCCGCUGCUGAGGUCUCCAUGGGUACUGAAAUCACACAAACCGAUUUGGAUAACAUCAAGGCACUAGCUGACCAAAUUGUCGACUUUGCCGCCUAUAGGGAACAACUGUCCAACUACUUGUCCGCAAGAAUGAAGGCCAUCGCUCCAAACCUGACUCAAUUGGUUGGUGAACUGGUCGGUGCCAGAUUGAUCGCCCACGCUGGGUCUUUGACCUCCUUGGCCAAGGCUCCAGCCUCCACGAUCCAGAUAUUGGGUGCCGAGAAGGCUCUGUUCAGAGCUCUAAAGACGAAGCAUGAUACACCUAAGUACGGUUUACUAUACCACGCGUCGUUGGUCGGACAGGCUACCGGUAAGAACAAGGGUAAGAUCGCGAGAGUGCUGGCUGCGAAAGCUGCCGUGUCUUUGCGUUACGAUGCGUUUGCCGAGGACAGAGACGACUCUGGUGACGUCGGUCUAGAUGUGAGGGCCAAGGUCGAGAACAGACUGUCACAGUUGGAAGGCAGGGACUUGAGGACCACGCCAAAGGUUGUUCGCGAAGCUAAGAAGGUUGAGAUGACCGAGGCUAGAGCGUACAAUGCCGAUGCGGACACUGUCGCCGACGUUGCCGAGAAGUCUGACGAUUCUGAUGACGAGAGUUCCGAUGAGGAGGAAGAAGAGGUGAAGGAGGAGAAGAAGGAGGAGAAGGAGAAGAAGGAGAAGAAGGAAAAGAAGAGAAAGAGAGACGAAGACGAAGAGGAAUCUAAGGAUUCGAAGAAGUCGAAGAAGGAGAAGAAGGAGAAGAAAGAGAAGAAAGAAAAGAAAGAGAAGAAAGAGAAGAAGGACAAGAAGGAAAAGAAAGACAAGAAGGAGAAGAAGUCCAAGAAAUGA